UGUCAUGGGAGGAAUGACUGGACACUCUGUUUUUCCAGAAUAUUGAAGAAUGUAAAGAAUUGUUACAAGACACUGUUCAUUGCAUGGUUCGGAAAAAAAUAUGCACCUUCAAUUCAAAAAAACUGAAUCUAGUGACGAAUGUAUCAUUCUUUAAACCCGACUUUUAAGUUCGUCCAACGAUCAAGUCAGUGGUGGUUGGGUAUUGACGUAUGAUCACAUGACCCAUGUACCGGGCUAGAACAGCUAGAAGUCUUGGAUAGAAAGAACUGAUGGAGCAAAAUGGCUGACGAAGAUCCACGGAUUUUGAGUGAAGAUGGUUUUUUAAAUGCUGAUACAGAGUCUAAAAGUGUUAUUUGUCAUCCCAACUUGAAUGUAAUUCUUCUUGUAACUAAGUCGAAUGAACUAAUUGUCAUAGAUGUUAACUCUGGGUCAGUUCUGCAAAGAAGUUCCCUAUCAGCUAAAUGGCAAGGAGAUGUUAGAGGAGUUUACAUACCUGGAACUGACAAACUUCUCUUGACUGAUGGAGCUGCAGUUGGUGUGAGAAGUGAUUACAAUGGAGUUCUUUUAUUGGACACUAUUCUUCAACCUCCUGUUCAGAAAUCUGAUGAUGUUGUCAGAUUGGAGCUUCUGCAUACAGAGGCUGUCUUACUUCAGCGAUGUCUUAAACAAUUUGAACUUCGGGGAGUGUACCAAACAGCCGAGGUGCUGCAAGAGCUCACCAAUCGCACAAAGGAGUCUCAAGCUAACCCAAGGAAAACCAUUAAAUCACAAAAAUGGAACACAGUUUGCUUGGAACUUCCUCAUAGUUCAUUGAAAGCUGUUUGUUCUGGUCUAGUUAGUGAGUUGAAGCGCCAGAAUCAACAUCUUCCAGUGCUUCCUCUAGCCUCAGCUUUAAAUGAACGUUUGAAUUCUCUUCUACCAAGUCUAGCCUUAGAAAAUGUGGGAACACCUGCUGAAAGAAAUUUUAUGCACAGUGAGGCAGCCCGUAGAGAAACAUUCUCUAAAUGGCCCCAUAUGAAUUACAAAUGGGCUCUCCCAGACCAAAUGGCUCAGGCCGGGUUUUUUCAUCAGCCGAAUUCAGCUGGUGAUGAUCGAGCGAUGUGUUUUACAUGUAUAGUUUGCCUUGUCUGCUGGGAACCAACUGAUGAACCUUGGUCUGAACAUGAGCGCCAUUCCCCUUCUUGUCCAUUUGUUAAAGGAGAGUAUACUCAAAAUGUACCUCUCUCUGUAACAUAUGCAACAGCCCCAGCAGCCCCUUUAGCUUGUACUAGUAAUUCUGAUCAGACUGAGGAGAGUCAGGCUGAUGAAGUAGUACUUGGAACAUCCAGUGCACCGGAAUUGGCUGUUACGUUCAGUUCGAGAGGGGGGGUAAAUAUUUGGAAUGUGAAACGUCAACUUAAGAGUGAAGCAACCAUUCUUGUAACGGGAGGAGAGCAAGUGCUAAGACAUGUUCAGCAAGAGGAACACCAUCAAUUCAAUGAGAAAAUUAGACCUAAUAAACCUCAAAGAACAGAUGGGAACAGUGUUGCUGAUGAAACAUUAGACCCAAAGCCAGAAAGGGACCAUAGUGACUGUGAUUCUUAUGCUGAUGUGCCAAAACCCCCCCGGGAAGCUUGGUUGAGGGCAGAUAUUAAUAGUGAAUCUGAGAAUAUGGAAGAAUCUGCUUUAGAGUCUAUAACAGAUGUGUAUGUGCCAAAAGACAACCAAGUUGAAGUGAGUGCAGCAAGCACUGUUGGAGGCUGUCAUCCUAAAAAGACAAGCCCUCAGCUGCAGCCUGUUGCUGUAGUUGGUGUUGAAGUUUACCCGACCUGUGUCAAAUGUCCACGGAAAGACCCUCCCACAUGGGGUGGAAGCUGUGAUGUAGUUCGAAUUAUGAAUGAUGCAAAUCAAGCUAGCAAAUGUGAAGGGGGUUCAUUAGAUAUUAUGAAAGUAAGUCAAGACCCAAGUCUGGCCUGCUCCUCACCUCAUCAAGAACAGCUUCGGGAGUGCUCUUCUUACUUAAUUGUGUACGAUUUGUACCCCUCUCCGUCUGUCGAUGAUUGUGAGGACGACGAUGGUGGGAACAGUGGUGGCAGCUAUGCAAGUACCAACAACAGUGGCAAUGGUGCAAGUGCACCCACUAGUGGUUUGAGUUCUGGUGGAGCUGCCCCAGGCCUUGGCAAUGGUAAUGGUAGUGGCAGUAACAGCGGUAGUGGGAAAAAAAUUGAUAAAAGUGUCACCACACAAGCCAGUGGAAAUGUCAAAAAAUAUGUGUCAGGAACUGGAACAAGUGCAUCAUCCUCAUCAGGAACUAGACAAGAGAACAUGUAUCAAGAGCUGUUCUUACCUAAAUUCCUUUAUGGUCCACCAGUAGUCCAGGACGGACAGGGAAGCGUUAUAAUUACUGCUGAUCCUGAUCCUUUGGAUGGUCUAGAUUUUUCACCACCCGGUAGUGUGUUUUCAGCCCCAGAUUAUACUCUAAACAUGCUGCAAGUAACUCUUGGAAAUUCCAAUCCUGGCACAAUUAUAAAUCAAAUGAAGAAAAUCAGUGCCAAGAAGUGUAUGUCAGCCCUUCCCCCUAUCAUUUCUCAGGAAACCCCCAAAACCAAGCAGUUUGAGCCUUUAGCAGUUCAGUGCAUUGCUGUCCCAGUUGGAUUUAAAAUUCAUUCUAUUCACCCCACAAAAGAUGGAGGCCACAUUUUAGUAGUUCUUGUUCAUAGAAGCUGUGGGGACUCUCCUUAUGAUGAUGCAUCUGCAAUGGACGUUGAUGGAGAUGACAUUGCUCAAAAGAUUACCGGACCUUCCAGUAUGCUACUGCUUUAUUCACUUGACUUUUCAAAAGAUGUAAUUCGUAUAGAAGAAGUCCCCCUAAGAAUCAAUGAAUUUUCUAAAUCUGGAGAAAUGCCGGUGGAAGUGAGUCUUUUGCCUCUUCAGGAGCGUGAAGACAGAGUUGAAGUAGAAGAGAAUGAUUCUGGAAGAGAUAUUUCUAGCCAAUCUAUUGGUCUUGCCACUCUUAUUUGUGCAGAUGGCACUCUCCGUGUUGUUGACCUAGCAACUCUUUCAGUUGUUGCUGAGGCUAUACCGAAUAGUGAUUCUAGAUUCGUGUCAGCCACAUAUUGCAACAAUUUAGAGAGAAUAUGCGUGUGCUCGGAGACAGGAAGUCUUCACUUCUACCCCUUACGCUGGAGCAAUUUAGAAAUGCUUUCCCACAUUUCUGGACCUUCUAAUAUGCAACCGAGUACUUCUUCCAGCCUUAAUGUGCCGCCGGACUGUUCUGCUCAGCUCAAUGAUCUUUUGGUCAAUAGCUCCUUAGGAAUCAAUGAACUAAGACAAUUGUUGGAGUUAACAUUGAGUGAAAAUCUCACUCCAUGUUAUGCUGCUACUGUUCCACCUUGUUGGUCUGAAAUAAUGCAAGCUCAAAAGCAAAGAAAGCAUCCCCAACACUUACAACAGGGAGAUGAUGCACAACACACUCGAACAUGGCGGUUGCAACGUGAUGUAACUACUUGGGAUGAACAUGUAUUUGAAAUCACACUUCCAAAGAGUUGCACUAUUGGUCAUGUUUGUUUCAAGUUCUCGUUCCAAUCUGCAUGUUCCUCAGCACCCAAUAUUCAAGUUACUUUAUUGAAACAGAAUGUUUCCGGAAUCGGGCAUAAACCACCAGCAAGUAUGCCUGUUGACAGUAAAAUUGAUUUUGGUAUUGGAUUUAAAGAUUCAUCAGAUAACCCAGUGAUGUCAGAAGAAUAUCUUAGAGCACAUAAUGCAGAGAUUUUGUGUGGUCCUGUGAAUCUUACUCAGUAUAUGGACUUGUCUGAGCAAGGGGGCUCUCUGACAUUAACAAGUCCAAAACUCAUGCAUACUCGUAGCAAAACUCUCCAACUUCAUCUAAAGGCCCUAUCAGUUGAUCUGCAAUCUCAAGUCCCACGCCCUGAAGAGAAAAUUCCCAAGAGAAGUAGAAAUGAAAGUAAUGCUGGCAGCAGUUCAAGUGCUAACAAUAGCAAUUUGAACUCCAAUUCAUGUCCAGGUGGUAAGCAACCAUUUUUCAUCUCAUCCACCGCAGCGUUUUCAAACCAUGGAAAGAAGUUUGACACAGUCAUGCCCAGUACGACCAAGAAGCCAGAAAACUUCCUUGGCUGUGAUUGGCUACAGGAGGUUUCUAUUGUCAUAAGACGUACCAAACAAACUUCUGUGCAGUUUGAAAGGAGCCAGCGAUAUGCAAUGCUAGAAUCAAAUUCCUUUAUUGAACGUCUUCUUGGUGUAGUUUGCUUGGAUGGUCCUGAUAAGACUCGCCCAGCCCAAAGUCUAGCAUUGGAUGUGCUGUGCUGGGUUGUUUCUGUUCGCCUUAGUCCUCACUCUAGUGGAGGUUUAGAUGUAGGUGAUGCAAAACUCCAACAACAACAACUGGAAGUGGGCAGGAUUAUCAAAUCUCACAUUAUGGAACUAAUACAUCAUUGUUUCAUUCUUGGAGCACGCAGCAUUGCUCACAAGUGCCUUAAGUUCAUUCUUGUUUGCAUAAAAGGCAUUCAAAGUGUGAAUGAAACGGAGGGACUAGCAUUAGAAAAAGCUGUACUGGAAGCUUUAAUGGAGUGGUUACCAACAAUAGGGGCUACAAAAUCAGCCGGGGCUCUUAGAUGGUUUUUGUUGCUUCUUAUGCGUGUAUCGCCCUUGGACUCUGAUGGUGUCAUUGGAAGAGAAUGUGUUUUCCUUCUCACUCUUGUUGCUGGAGAACUUAGUAAUAGAACUAACCCUUAUCAUUUGCUGCUUAGGUCAAGGUUUGGUCUGUAUGGCACACCCUUUGAACCCGAGCUGUUUGAUGUUGAUCCUCCUGUUUCUGGAAAAUCUACCUCAAUGCCCCUUACAUAUGCUUCAGUAGUGCAGGGUGACUCCAAUAUGAAUACCACGACAACUGGUGCUAGUGGAUCUGGAAUUGGAGGUGAAAACUUGGACUUGCGGGAAUUAUUGAAUGUUCCAGUUUUAGAUAAAUCUAGCACCAGCAACUCUGGCUCAAUAGGAAGCUGCACCAACUCAUGCACUUACCCGGGCAACAGCAGUUCUGGAGGCAGCACAAGUUUCCGUCUGAAGGGACUUGCAUCCAAUCAUUACAUGAAAGGUCUUUUGGAAGUUGAACCUCUGCAUUACACUUGCCACGCUGCAAGUGAUGGCACAAAGCUUGAGAAAAUUGAGCCAGGUUGUGGUUGCUCAAUCCCAGUUAGUAAUUUUAUUACACUAGGCACAUCAGGAACGAAGAAAGCUGCGGAUGGCGAUUUUAUGUGUUUCUGCCUUGGAAAGGAGUUGGCUGAAGAUAAAUGGGAAGAGAUAUCAGACAAAAUGCUCACUGCUGCAUUGAUGGAAUCUUCUAGACUAUCCACUGUCUACAAAGGGGAGCAGGUGAAACCACUUGGCAUGCUGAGUCAAGAAGGGGAGAGUAGUUCUGCCUCUUCACAACAGUCAUCUACCAAUUCUAGCCCCUGGUUACCGCAAGAUACAGUCAUGAAUGAAAAAUUACUGUCCCCAUUAAAUUCCCAAACCCAGGCUCCCACACUUAGUAAAUCUGACUGUGAUGCUAAGACUGCAUUUGAAGAGGACAAUGAGAUGCCAUCUUGUUCAACAAAGACUGCAGAUGAUAAGAAGAAUGAAGAUUUGUCAACACUCAAUGUACCAUGGCAGCAACUUUUGGUUCCUCCACCCCAACAGACAGUAGUUAUUGAGCGUAUGCACUCAGGUGCCCGAAGAUUUGUUGUUCUGGACUUUGGUGCUCCAGUCAUGCUUACUGACAUGAUAGUGCCAGCCUGUUGUGAUUUAGUGCUACUGUCUGUGGAUGUGUGGCUUUGUAGUGAAGAGCAGGAUGGCCAAAGGCUAGUAGUUGCAUCUGACAUUGCAACCAAGGCUUUAGUGCUCAGUGACCUCCAACCCCCUCCUAUCUGUCGAUAUUUGAAAAUAACUACUAUUGGCCGUUAUGGCAUGACCACUACUAAGUGCAAAAUUCCAAUAGGUUCAUUUUUUGGGCACACAAUGAUCUUACCAGGAGAAAGUGGCCCAGAUAAUCCUGUUAUUCCUCUAUUAUCAGAAUCCAAUUUGCAGGCGCAAAUUGGUGUACUUGGAUCCUUGCUAGAAGAUAUUCACUGUCGGUAUGCGCUAGCUUGUUCUCGAUUAAGAGAGCUCCUUUCGCCUCUUCUACAAGCCGAAACUCCAAAUGCAGCGCACAUGUACUGCUAUUUACAAAGAGCUCGUGAUUUGGAUAGACAGAUUUCUUUUAACCUUGACACAUCUAAUCAAAAAGUUUUCUCAGCUUAUCAGGAGUGUAUUACAUUCCAGCACCAAUUAAAUGUAGUUCGUAGUGUAAUGGCUCGCUUAGAGACAGCUUGUAAUCCUGGCAGUGAACGUCUUGCCCAUGAUUCUAAUUACCAUCAGUAUUUUGUGAAAGCUUCAACCGAUAAGCUGCGUGUUUUAGGAGAGGGCUUGCUGGAUGUAUUGCUGUAUCUUGGAUCUCUUCCCAUGUACACAUUUUCAUCACAAGAAUUUUCUUGUUUGGAUCGUUCUGUUUGCGAAAAUUUAUUUUACUGGCUCUGUGUUGGACAAGACACUCGAAUGCAACUGUCCUCAGCUACUUUGUUAGUAAGACUCUGUGCAUCCCAACCGUGGUGGGGUCAAUUUCUGGCAGAGACCAUGGCAAAUUUAUUCAGCUCUAACAACAGUGCAGUAUUUCCUCAAGAUAGGGUUUUUAUUAUUUUGGCGUAUUUAGGUCGAAAGUCCUUGACUCUAUCCUCAGCAAGAAUGCCCGUUAUGGAAUCUGUUAUGGGAAUGCUGGGAAGUUUAUUAGAACCUCUAUGCAAUGGGAAUGAAACUCAGCCACUAAGAUCAAAUACUGAUCUUUCGUUGGUUGGUUGGGCUCUUCUCUUUGUUUCCCAGUGCCUUGAGAUUGGCUCUGUUUCUCGGGAUGAUGAAGACAAGUCUAACAAAGAUCAAGGUCAACAGAACCGCUGGGACUUCAUUCAAGGAGAAGUUGCCAUGCAGAAGCGAGCUGCUGCUGGGGGAGGACGGAGCCGAGCCAACUACCUCCGCACGAAGCGCAUAUUAGUAAAGCAGCAGUUCAGUGGCUUCCAUGACGUUCUAGAAACCAUGAAAAAUAAGUCUAGUCCAUAUGAUGCUAGCAAUGAUGUGAAGUCCCAUGAAUCUGUGUCCAAGGCUAAACUAAAGCCUCAGGAAAUGUACAUUAAAAAAGUACUCAAGCAUCCUCUAGUUAAUCAUCUGAAGGAAACCCCAGCGCUACGAAUGGUUGAUGCCAGCAAACGAGGCUGGGGUGGAGGACCACGCCGAAAUAUGGCGAGUUCUAGCAGCACUGGAGCAGAAUCCGAGUGCCCCUCUGAUAGUAGAGAGAACACCUUGCCAUUAACUCUACCUCAAGCACAGUGUCUUCCUGUUGCCAGGGGUUUAAUUGCAUUAAUACUACACAUGGACUUUACGUGCAACAUUGAUAUGUUUUUACUGGCAUGUAAAGUCUUAGCCAGAAUAGUUUGGUGUUCAAGACCUGCCCUUCCUCUUGGACAUUUGAUGUCCAAUGAGCAGCUUUCGAAACUUGUCCGCAUGGCUGUCUGGCAAGAUCCCCAUCAGACGUCAUGGGGUGGUCCAUGGGCAGCUCAUGCCAUCACAUGCCUCUUGCAAGAUAUCCUUGACGGUGUGCGGUCCACGUCCCAGGCAGCAAGCAGGGAAUGUAGCCCUGCAGACGAUGGAUCUGAUAACAAACCAGGCACAAGUCAAUCAACUAAUGCUCAGAGUACAACUUACGAAAAGUUGAGAGUAUAUGCCAAGGGAUGUGCUAGUGCGUCAUCAUCUGGUGCAUCUACUUCUGCAGCAGAAUCAAGUCCUCAUCUAGCCGCUGCUGCAACUGAACCAGCUUCAGACGAACCCAUAACACCAGAAACUCCAGUGGAUAUAAUGAGUUCAGUUUCCAGCCCUUUCAUUCCAACAGCCCCCAAGAAAGGUUUCCCAAAGUUGAAAGGGGGAUCGUCAUCUUGGGCAAAGGCAGUUGCCGGAACAAGUUCUAUUGCAGAACUGCUUGACUAUAUUGCAGACAAUGAGGGACCAAAUAUGGAUGGAACAGAGGAUAUGGUUGCUGAAGACUGCCCUGAUGCAGCAGUUUCACAGCCAGGUGGUUCGGGCAGUGGUAAAGGAAAUGGUAUGGUUGCGCUUGAAUCUGAUGAUAGUGAGCUGGAUGAUUUCUUGGAUGAUAUUUUGGAACAUGGGCGCAAUAUGUUGAGAAAAGGAAGCAGUUCACGAACCUCUAUUGUUGCCUCAACUAAAGCUGGAUGUAUUUCAACCGCAAUGGAUGCUCGACUUGAUUUUGCUGUGGACUGUCAUGCAGAGGUGUUAAUCAGAAGACUGUCAAUGCUUGGAGCAUACAAUCUUCCUCACAGUGUAAAUGCAGUUUUCCCCUCAUGCAGUGAGGGAGAAAAACCUUCAUCCCCAGGAACUUGGCCUCAGCCAGAGAAUGAACCAACUGCUAGUCACAACAUGCUUAUUGCCUGCUUUGACAAAAUAUUCGUUGAAUUGAGAAUUCAGGGAACCUGGACAACUUUGGAACAAGCUCUGCAACUCUGGUUGACAUUGAACUCAGAAACUAAUUUUGAUUCUGGUGUGCACCACUUUGAUCCAUCAUCUUGUCCAACCAUUGGAUUAAGUCCUGAAGCAAUCCAUAGUUUAUUUGCUGCACUCAUGUUCCAACCUGAAAUGUCCGUGAGAACUUGGUGUUUGGCAUUCCAAUGCCUAACUCAACUUUCGAAUACACCGUGCUCUGAAGCUGUUGCUCAGUGGGGCUCUAGAGUAUCCCAGGGCAUGACACAUGUUAUAUCUAAUGAUCCAAUGUUUACAUCCGUACUUGAUCGGUUUUUAUCUGGUUGUGGACUUACUUCUGGAAACUCUGAUGUUGGUCCAACUGUUUGUGGAGCCAUGCGGGACCUUUUGGUGAGAUUAAUGGUUCGUACAGAUUCUCGACCAGUUCGUAGGGCAUCAACAUGGAUGUCUUCCCAACUAUUACAUUUAGCAAAUACAUUAGUUCGUUCCAAUGGAGCAAUACCUAAACGCCAUGGCCCUCUUGAUGCUCAAUUUGCAUUCUUUAACCUGCUUCUUGGCUUCAACCUUGUGACAAACGUUGAUACCACUGUUGUAAUGAGUUAUCUAGAAUCCGUUGGUGCUCUUGUACACCAUUUCAUCAUGACAUCUGAGAAAGUGCGUCGGCGCAGUGUUACUGAGACAAAUCAAAGUUCAUCAAUGUGUUUUGGUGGUCUCUUGUCUCAUGUCAUUGGAGGUGAAGCCAAAGCAUUGAAAGGUUCUUCUUGGGACAAUCUGUUAUGUUCAGUUUUAAAACUUGCGUGCACCCUAGUCCAAAACCCUUUGAAAACAGAAUCAGUGUCGUCUUCAGAAAGUGCUGAGGCUUCAAGCUCUACCAUGAUACCAAAUAUUCCAGAUGACAUGUGUCAGACAGAUGAACACAAAGCCAAAACUAUGGGAAGUGGUACAAACACAGCACAGUCGUUGCCACGCAUACCAUGCAUCGCUGACUUAGUUCUGAAAAAUCAGCUCACUAUGGCCAGGCUGCUCAGUGCCCUUGCAGGCUGUGUGGGCUCCCCACUUGCAGUGCUUUUGGGGACAAGUGGUGAAAGAGAUGCCAUCGAACCUCGAGCUCUUUCCACUGCCCUAUCUGGGGAACCAAUAUCUGUAGGAGAUGGAAUAUUUCACUUCCUUCACAUUUUAUGCAAGAAGGUGUCUAACGCGCAACUGCUGUUGCAACCCUUACUCAACUUCCUUGUUGCAAUCCGAGAAGGUUCACCAAUUGUUGCUGGUCAGUCAUCAGGGCUAUUACAGCUCUCGGAACCUCUAUUGUGGUUUAUUAUGAAAGCUUUAGAUUCGCCUGAAACUUUAAAUCUUUUCAAUAACAUGGGAGGCACAAAGGUGAUUUGUGAAAACCUAUUACAUUGUAGCCAAAAACUUGUUAGCUCACAUCCCAGUCUGGUUUCAGUAGUAAUGCAACAUUUAAGUAGAGGUGCACCCACAAACCCAAAUGUUAAUAAGAAAGUUGCUGUUCCACAAGAAUCCUUUGAAGGGUUGCAAAAUUUUGCUCCACUUGGAUCUAUUAGCUCAAGUAGCACUACUGCUCAACCUGCUGACGUUCUUAUUCAGUCGUUCCCCUCACAUAGAAGAGCUCGCACACCAGCAUGGUCGUAUCAUUUCUAUCCAGAUGAAUUGUACAUGGACCUCACUCUACGAUUGCCAUGUGCUGUAUUAUUGAAGGAAAUUCAGCUCCAACCACACUUAACAUCUCUUGCCACUUGUCCUUCUGCUGUUGGUCUUGAGGCUUCAAGAGAUGGAACUUCACCCCUUGUUCCACUUUGUUCACCAUUGCCAACAAGUGGAAUGACAUUUGUCCGACUGACUUUAGAUCGACCAGAAGUUGUUACCUGUGUGUUGCUCCGCCUGUACCGUCCUCAUGAUUCUGCCAGCAUUGGACUUUCUCAGGUUCGGCUGCUUGGCUCAACAACUUUUGGUGAGACAGCAUAUCUUGGGGUGGCUUCGACUUCUACAUCAUUGCCUAGUUGUGUCAAAAAAUCGUGUGGAUCUGCGAAAUUCUGUGGUUGCAUCAGCUGCUGCUUUACCAGGGCUAUUGGAUGCGUGUGCUGGUUUAUUGCUGAUACCGGCUCCUGCUCCACCUCUUAUGACAACUGCUCUAGAGCAUGUUUUACUACAUUUGGGCCUGCACUCACAAGAACUUGGCCUGAAGCUCCUGCAGGAUUUGUUGCGCUCAUCACUCCACUCUCAGUUGAGUAUGUCACCUCCCAUGGGCGCUGAUUCAGUUGUCGAUCUUCUCUUUCUCCUGGGAACUGAACAAGAUGAACAUUCGAGUGCACGAGUAGCAACUAUGUUGUCCUGGCUCCAAGAAACUGCAUCUGCAGCUUUAGAACCACACCCUGGCACAUCCAAGAGCUCACCUUGUUGGGCCAGUGACAUUCCCGCGAGUGCUGCUUGCAUUCACAGCAUUGCUGCCGUAUUGUGGCGGUUGCACACUUGCGGAGCCGGCUAUGAUCUCUCUGUGCUUCUCUCACCUCAAUUAUUCACUGACGUUUAUCAGUGGACUCUACUUCUCCCAGUUAAAAGUGGAGUGAAGGCUGCACUGGAUGCUAUUUUAUGCUCCAUGUGCUACAUUCAACCUGAACUGUUCCCUGCAUUACUGCGAACAAUUGGGGCAGUUGCACCAGGCAACAAUGUAAAUGCAUCUGUAUCAGAUGAUACUAAGGAUAUGGAUCAUGAUGAGGGUGGAGCCAUGACAGAUGACAGAAAGCAGUUGGAUGCUUGGUCUAGUAACAUCCAUCUAUCUGAGGGGCAACUUAUGACCAUUGCCAUGGUGUCUCAAUCACCUCCUGCUGUGAAACAUUUGCUAGGAUCUGGUCUGCUGAGUUUCUUAUCAAGCAGCUUGUUGGAUUUCUGUGUUCAUGCUCAAGAGAAAGAAUAUCUCUUACGCAAAGUUGAUGUGCAGACAUCACUCCUCACCGAUGCAGACAAGGCUGUGGAUGAAAAAAAUGAUGAUAGCCUUUUGUCAGUGAUCACUAUGGCAAGCAUAUUGAAACUGUUUGCAGAACUUUGUUAUGAGGGAGAGCUUCGAAAUUGGUUUGGAUCUCCUGAUGGAUCAGUUUUCUGGCUUCCGUUAUUAAGGCUAUUGUGCUACCGUAGUACUAAGCAAACAAGUAGCUUGCAACCUCAAAGUCAGGCAUAUGGAGAACUGGAAACUGCCACUAUCCAAUUUCUUACACGUGUUACUAGUCUACAUCCUGAUAAUCAAGAGCAACUGGCUAGGGUUUUGUGUGAUGUCAUUAGCCAACAGGAAGCUCGUCAUCACAAUGUUUCUUUCCUUCAUGGUAUAUCUGGAUUUGCACGGCGUUUGGUUUUGCAACUUCUUCUUGAAAGUGAAAAGAUACGUGUUUUAGUCAACUCAGAAGUUCCCUUGCAACGCCCUGACGGUGUUGGUAAUGCUGUUGGUUUGCGCCACCCUAGUCAUGGUGUUGGACACCGAAGUCAGGUUGUCAUUGUGAGUCAUUACACAACAUGUGCUGAACUAACUAAGCUUCUUGCUGGCAAUAACACCUUAGGGCCAUUGUUGGGUGAAAAAACUCAACCUGACCCAAGCAGUUCUUCUGCUGCUAGUGGUAUUAACAAAGCUCAAAUGCGAACAUUCAAAGACUUUGAAUACCUUUGUUAUUCGGAUCCGCUGUUUGCUGCUGGUUUCACUGCCAAAGACAAACGUUCUAAAGAAGCCAAAAAUGCAGCAACCCGCGGACCUUAUGCCAAAAAAACAAGGAUCAGCGACUCAGGUGGUGGCAGCUCUUUGUCUGCAAGUCUUGGGCUGUCUCCAGAAAGGUGGUUGGAACAGCCACAGUUACUGCCUCCAGGUGCUCCUCUUCCAGGAACCCUCACUGUUGGGCAAGUUCUCUUAGGUCUACAGGACCGGGGUAUUUCUGUUUGUUCUGCUAGUUUUGAGGUUACUUUGAAACAGAGCACAUCACCUCCCAGAGAUCACCCAGCUGGGCAGAUACUGUUCAAAUUGGUUCCAUACCCCACACCAUUGGAGGUAUUUGCCAAUCAUGGAGGAUUGGCACUUCUUGCUGAACACUUGCCCCUGGUCUACCCAGAGACAUUAAGGUAUAAUACCCAAGAAAAGCCUCAGCAAACUGCAACAUCCCCUGAUGCGAUGGAUUCUGAUUGGGUUAAAGUUGAUGGCACCAACAUUGAUUUGUAUGAGGAGCUGGACGACUCCUCUUUAUUGGUUGGCUCAUCCACACCAAUUUCCCCUCACACCAAUCAGAGGGCGUCUGGUGCAAACUUGGUCCCGACAUCCGUCCCGCCCCAUUCCUUGGCUGCCUUCGGUCUAUUCCUGAGGCUGCCGGGCUACGCCGAGAUACUCCUCCGCGACCCCAAGAAGGCCCAGUGUUUGCUGCGUCUGGCUCUCGGCGUGAGCGACGACGGCGAGGGCGGCGACAUCCUGAGCCUGCCGCUGGCCUCGGUGCUGCCCACGCUGCCGUUCCAGAUCCUGCGGCAGCUGCUGGACGCCACGCCCCUGCACACGGACGACGGCGAGCUGCUGCGGCGCACGGCCAUGGACACUGGCGCAGUGCACCUGCUGCUCGCCUGCCUGUCCGUCUUCACGCACCAGCAGCAGGACAUCCACCUGCCCGGCGUGCAGCACGAGCUGGUGAUCGCCGCCACCAAGGCCGGCACGGCCGGUGGCGCCAAGGAGUCCACCAAGCCCGCCACCAAGUCGGACGACAAGUCUCAGCUGUACUGGGCCAAGGGCACGGGCUUCGGCACGGGCAGCACGGCGCAGUGCUGGAACGUGGAGCAAGCCCUGAUGCGCCAGCGCAGCGAGGAGGAGCACGUGACGGUGCUCAUGCAGGCCCUCUCGAGCUUCCUCAACCCCCGCGACCUGAUACCGCAGCGCUUCCACGAGCCGGAGCCGCUCAGCGAGGAGGACUCCGACUCGGACGGGCAGCCACAGUCGCGCCUGCCGCGCCUGCCCCAGCAGCUGUCGCCUCUGCUGCACAAGUCGUGCCUGCUUCCCGCAGUCUGCUCGUACCUGCGCAAUGACUCGGUGCUGGACAUGGCUCGCCACAUCCCGCUCUACCGGGCCGUGCUGCAGGUGUUGCGAGCACUGGCGGUCUGCCCGCAGCUGGCCCCGCUGUUGCUGCCCUCGGACCGCCGCCCUCGCCUGCGACACAGGCCCACCGGCGGCGCCAGGUCCGCGGGCCGCGGCGACUCGCUGUCUGCCAUCUGCUUGCUGACCAAGAUGAAGAGCUGCGUGGACACGUACGCGUCUCGGCUGAGGUUGAACCGGACCAAGGGCAGUCGCAAGAGCAGCAGUGCCGCCGCGGGCUCCGCGGGCUCCUCCUCGAGGCUCCCGAACAAGUUUGUCGAGGAUUGGGAGCAGGACGAAGGGCUGGCUCAGCUCAUUGCCGACAUCCAACACACGGCCAGCAUGGUGCAGAUUGCAACAGAUCGACUUUUAUUGGAUGAUGACGCUGAGGCAGCAAGCCGUGGACCACUCUCUGCUUCUGGGUCAGCUCUGAUUGAAUAUCCUAUCAAACGAUCUCUUGAAGAUCGUUAUUUGGAAGUUAUGCAAAAGCUACAGUUUGAUACCUUUGAAAUGAUUACUGAGAAUAGUGAAGGUGGCUAUCAGUUUGCCGUGUCUUACCACUUUGAGUCUAAUUUGAGAUCAGCUGGAGAACGUUGCCACCCCGCAAGAGUAAAAAGGCUGGCUCAAGAAACAGUUACCUUGUCUACUUCUCUACCUCUGUCAUAUAGUAGUUCAGUGUAUGUGAGAUGUGAUGCAGAUAGACUUGAUAUUAUGAAGGUGUUGAUUACUGGUCCUGCGGAUACUCCAUACGCUAAUGGAUGCUUUGAGUUUGAUGUUUAUUUCCCACCUGACUACCCUAAUUCACCAAUGCUUAUUAAUAUGGAAACUACAGGACACCAUACCAUCAGAUUCAACCCUAAUCUGUACAAUGAUGGUAAAGUUUGUUUAAGUGUCCUUAAUACAUGGCAUGGCCGUCCUGAAGAAAAGUGGAACGCUCAGACCUCAAGCUUCCUUCAGGUCUUGGUGUCAAUUCAAUCACUGAUUUUGGUGCCUGAACCGUAUUUCAAUGAACCUGGUUAUGAAAGAUCCAGAGGAACUCCAUCUGGUAAUCAAAGUUCAAGAGAGUAUAAUGCAAACAUUUGUACUGCAUCUGUUAAAUGGGCCAUGCUAGAGCAAGUCCGCAACCCCUGUCCGUGCUUCAAGGAGGUAAUACAUACUCAUUUCUGGUUUAAAAAACGAGAAAUAAUCAAACAAAUUCAACAAUGGAUAACUGAUAUGGAAAGUCAGGGUAAUGACCGAAGAAAUGGACGCACAAUUUCACUUAACACUAUUGCUCUCAAGCGUCACUUUGAGCAACUGAGAGAGGAGUUAAAUAAACUAAAACCACCACCUGGACAAGAGGACAUGGUUGAUCAGCUGGAGGCUGAAGAUGAAAGUACGCCUACGAAUUCAGUGUCACCUGCAGCGAUUUCACCAGCAACACUCACCCCUCACCCCACACCUGUGGCAGGACCCUCUCAACAAGCUGGACCUUCUGCUCCAUUUGAACAGAGUGAUGUUGAUACUGAUAUGGAGAUGGAAAAAAUUGUUUCUAAAGUUUGUGAAUAGAUCUCCAUGCUGUGGCAUUUUUUUCUAGAAACUCACAUUUGUUGACUAAAUGGUUAUGUAAAUAAGUAGUUGCAUUUUUCCUGUUAUAAGCUCUCAUGGUUCUCUUCAGAGUAAGAAAAAAGUGAUUUGCCUUGUUCUGUGAGUAAUCAUUCAUAACCAGACAGUGAUAUUUGAGUGAUAACUUGUAUUCUUUGAAAAUAAUUUGCAUUUAUUGUUGUAAUUUAUUAAAAUGUUCAAAGCAAUUAGUUACUCCAAAGAAUUCUAUAUAAUUGAAAAUGCAAAAUUAAAAUGUAUCACUGCAAACAUAUUGAUAGCUCAUCACUUGUUAUUCAUUUUAUACACAAAGACAUAAAGUUGAAUAAGUUAAGUCUCUACACAAAGCUUUUAUUGAGAACGUACAUUUUAAGUGUCAACUUCAUAAAAGGUUUGACUUCAAAAUUUUGUUAUUGUUUUAUUUUUAUCUUUGCACUCAUGAAGUAGAUUUCCAUAUGUUUAUCAGUGUAAUGGUUCGGUGAUAUUCCUGUUCUAAUAAUGAUCUUGUGUCUUUACUGACUUGUUUUUUGCUGGUGGGUCUCUGUAUGAAAGAACAGGAGAGGAUUUGUGUGUAUGUGUUUCUAACUAUAAAUGCAUAUUAAUAGAUAGAUCGUUUAAAGAAAAGUGUAAAUAUUUGAACAUGCUUUAGUAUUGUGCAGAAAUAGAGGGUGUCAAGUCAUUCUUAGUCAUCAUCUUUCCAACUAUGGUUCUUACUUUCAUGUUAAGUUAAUAUAAGUGUUUGUACUCUUUUUGACUGGAGAAAUUGAUCCAAAUCUGUUUGCACACACCUGCAUAAAUUUGUACAUAUGUAUUGUAAUAAAUUUCAAACAACUGUACAUAUACUUCUAUGGUGGUUCAGUAGUGUAGCCACCAAUUUAUUUAUGUCUAGGUGAACUAUUCAACAAAUUGUCAAAUUUUCUAUAUUUCUGUCCAUUGUUAUAUAUUCCACUCUGAUGAAAGCAUUGUCCAACUAACCCUUUUACUGAUUGCUUGGGAUAAACCAAGUACAAUUGACAUUGUGUGAUGUUUGCUUUCUGUGGUGGAUGUAAAUUAAUUAGUUUCAAUGUAUGAUUUUUGAUUAAAAUGUCCUGUGAUCACUAAACCCAGCCCAUUUUUUUCUCUUGUUUUUAUUGUUUUUUUGUUUGUUUUUUAUCUAGAUAAGAAUGACCAUGAAAAGCAAGAUUAAUUUCAAGAACCAAUGUUCAUAUCAUUAUUGCUUAUGAAAGAUCAUGGGAACGUACUGAUAAUUAUUGCCUGUAUUUUGUUUGGUAUGUGUUGUGUAGUUAUCUUCCACCCUUUUUUUUUCUGGGGUAGUCCAAAAUUCAAUAUUUUUAUGGGUCAUCCUUACUUUACAGCUUGCAGAGGCUGUGAGGAAAGCAAGGUGCCUGUAUGUAGUAUGGCCGUAACAUUUACAUUUCCUACUUAACAAUCAGACUUGUCGUGCAUCUGGAUUAAUAAUAAAGAUCGACGCAGUAAUUUCAUAGAAAAGUU